GGUGAGGCUCGCCUGGAAGGGUGGGUCGAGGCCAGCCCGGCCGCACUUGUUCGCCGGCCGUCCCUGAAGCCUGCAAGCUGACAGUGUGGGCAUGGCCAUUUGGUCCCAGCCGGACUCGGGUUUCUUUGGAAACCCCCCUGGUAAGUGUGGAGGAGGCGGGACACCCUGACCCAAGACAAAAGGCCUGUAGCUCCAGCCAAAGAAAAUAAACCUUAGGAGGGAGAAGGAAAAAAAAAUCCAUCAGCUGUUCCUGAGAACAGCCUGCAGUGGAAUCUACAGAGAGAACAACUAAUGUCAGUAAGGAAGUGACUGUAUGUGGACUGUGGAGACAGUAAGUCGCACAGGCUGGGAGAGCCUGGACUGGGUUAGGAACAGUUGUACUUUCAGAGGUGAGGUGUCAAGAAGGGAAAAGUGAAUGUGGUCUGGUGUGUGGCCUUGGCUCCACGGGGUGUGCUUUCCUCUGGGGCCAUCAGGGAGUUCAGCCCCUGUGUUCUACCAGGGGUGGGGUACAGGGUCUGGCACUGAGCUGGCUGGAGCAGCAGAGCAGUGGCUUUGACUUGUCUUUUGGAAGAUUUAAAAACAAAAAAGCAUAAACAUUCUGGUCCUUCAGCAAUGCUUUCUCUGAAGAAAUACUUAACGGAAGGACUUCUCCAGUUCACCAUUCUGCUGAGUCUGAUUGGGGUGCGGGUGGACGUGGAUACUUACCUGACCUCACAGCUUCCCCCGCUCCGAGAGAUCAUCCUGGGGCCCAGCUCUGCCUAUACUCAGACCCAGUUCCACAACCUGAGGAAUACCUUGGAUGGCUAUGGUAUCCACCCCAAGAGCAUAGACCUGGACAAUUACUUCACUGCCCGCCGGCUCCUCAGUCAGGUGAGGGCCCUGGACAGGUUCCAGGUGCCCACCACUGAGGUAAAUGCCUGGCUGGUUCACCGGGACCCAGAGGGGUCUGUUUCUGGCAGCCAGCCCAGCUCAGGCCUCACCCUCGAGAGUUCCAGUGGCCUCCAAGACGUGACAAGUCCAGACAAUGGGGUGCGAGAAAGCGAAACGGAGCAGGGAUUCAGUGAAGAUUUGGAGGAUUUAGGAGCUGUAGCCCCUGCAGUCAGUGGAGACUUGACCAAAGAGGAUAUAGAUCUGAUUGACAUCCUUUGGCGGCAGGAUAUUGAUCUGGGGGCUGGGCGUGAGGUUUUUGACUACAGUCAUCGCCAGAAGGAGCAGGAUGUGGAUAAAGAGCUGCAAGAUGGAGGAGAGCAAGAGGACACCUGGGCAGGCGAGGGCGCGGAAGCUCUGGCCCGAGACCUGCUAGUGGACGGAGAGACUGGGGAGAGCUUCCCUGCACAGGUGCCUGGUGGGGAGGACCAGACGGCCCUGUCCCUGGAAGAGUGCCUUAGGCUGCUGGAGGCCUCCUGCCCCUUUGGGGAGAAUGCUGAGUUCCGAGCAAACGUUGCCAGUAUCACAGAAGCAGUGCCUAGUGAGAACGAGUCCCCAGCCCUUGAGAACAGCCUCUUCUCACCUCUCCUGACGGGAACAGAGUCACCAUUUGAUUUGGAACAGCAGUGGCAAGAUCUCAUGUCCAUCAUGGAAAUGCAGGCCAUGGAAGUGAAUACAUCAGCAAGUGAAAUUCUGUACAAUGCCCCUCCUGGAGACCCUCUGAGCACCAACUACAGCCUUGCCCCCAACACUCCCAUCAAUCAGAAUGUCAGCCUGCAUCAGGCAUCUCUGGGGGGCUGCAGCCAGGACUUCUCACUCUUCAGCUCUGAGGUAGAGAACCUGCCUGUAGCCAGCAGCUCCACACUGCUUCCACUUGUCCCCAGCAACUCUACCAGCCUCAACUCCACCUUUGGCUCUACCAACUUGGCAGGGCUUUUCUUUCCACCCCAGCUCAAUGGUACAGCCAAUGACACAGCAGGCCCUGAGCUGCCUGACCCUCUGGGGGGUCUGUUAGAUGAAGCUAUGCUGGAUGAGAUCAGCCUUAUGGACCUGGCCAUUGAGGAGGGCUUCAACCCUGUGCAGGCUUCCCAGCUUGAGGAGGAGUUCGACUCGGACUCAGGCCUCUCCUUGGACUCCAGCCAUAGCCCUUCCUCCCUGAGCAGCUCUGAAGGCAGCUCUUCCUCCUCCUCGUCUUCAUCAUCUUCUGCUUCCUCCUCUGCUUCUUCCUCCUUUUCUGAGGAAGGUGCAGUUGGUUAUAGCUCUGACUCGGAGACUCUAGAUCUGGAAGAAGCUGAGGGGGCAGUGGGCUACCAGCCAGAGUAUUCCAAGUUCUGUCGCAUGAGCUACCAGGAUCCUUCUCAGCUCUCUUGCCUGCCCUACUUGGAGCAUGUGGGCCAUAAUCACACAUAUAACAUGGCACCCAGUGCCCUUGACUCUGCUGACCUGCCACCACCCAGCACUCUCAAGAAAAGUAGCAAGGAGAAGCAGGCUGACUUCCUGGACAAGCAGAUGAGCCGGGAUGAGCACCGAGCCCGCGCCAUGAAGAUCCCAUUUACUAAUGACAAAAUCAUUAACUUACCUGUGGAAGAAUUCAAUGAGCUGCUGUCCAAAUACCAACUGAGUGAGGCCCAGCUGAGCCUCAUCCGGGACAUCCGACGCAGAGGCAAAAACAAGAUGGCUGCACAGAACUGCCGCAAGCGCAAGCUGGACACCAUUCUGAAUCUGGAGCGCGAUGUGGAGGACCUUCAGCGUGAUAAGGCCCGAUUGCUUCGAGAAAAGGUGGAAUUCCUGCGGUCACUGCGGCAGAUGAAGCAGAAGGUACAGAGCUUAUACCAGGAGGUGUUUGGGCGACUGCGUGAUGAGAAUGGGCGGCCCUACUCACCUAGUCAGUAUGCGCUCCAGUAUGCCGGGGACGGCAGUGUCCUCCUCAUUCCUCGCACGAUGGCUGACCAGCAGGUCCGGCGACAGGAGAGGAAGCCAAAGGACCGGAGGAAGUGAGCCUGGGGAGGCAAGGGGUGGACGCUCACUAAGACUAAACUGGAGAAGGGCUGGGCCUGGACCUAACCAUGGGGACUCAAAUGCCUUCUUAUCCAAUAUAUCUUCUCAGAUGGGAUGACUGCGGGUCAGUGCACAGGAAGAGGUGGGCGCGGGCGCUGUCUGGCUCAACUUCCCCACUAGGGGUGGGUGGAAGUGUCCAGAUCAUUUAUUUGAGUAGCUGGGGUCCCCAGUCCCCCUUUCUCAUGAGGGAAGGGUAGUGCUGGUGUUGCUGGAGGUAGAGGAGCUAUAUGGAGUGAAGGGUGAUGAAGACGAAGAGAGAUUUGUAAGAGGAGAGGAAGUGAUGGGAAGUCUCAUUACUGGAAGGAAGAAAGGACCCCCCCCCCAAAAAAAAAAACAAAAAACAUUCAAAGCAGUCAGAAAAUCAAAGGGAAGGUGAAGGUGGGCCUUAGCCAGGAUUCCAGGCCCCAGGUGUGACUCCAGUGGACCUAGGUAGUUACUGGUGUGAUAGAAUCAGGGAGGGCUUUGUAACUGUGUUCCUUGUACUUUGCAUCCCUUAAGGGAAAGGAGCUCCUGUAAUGUUUCAGUUACUGAAAUGGGAAUCUGUGGGGACCCAGCACUGACUCUUCAGGCCAGAGAGCAAGGGUACAGAAAAGAAUGAGGCCUGUGUUACAGCAGCCCUAACACCAAGCAUGUCACUCAACUGCUCUGCCACUGCCACCACCCUCCAGGCUCUAGCCACCCUUAAGCUGAGGCCCCCAAUGUCCCCAUCAGAGCCUGCAUGGAAAUGCUGUACUCUUCCCCCUACCCCCUAGUUUGUGGUCCCCACCCUCACAGGCUGCUUGUAGCUCUUGGGAGUGGGGUGCUGCACUGGCAGUGCUCGACUGGGUCCGCAGCUUCCUCUGCAGAGGCUAAACAGGGCCAUGCUGUGGAGGGAGCAGCCAACACAGCCACCUCAGGCAGUGUUCAGCACAACACUGGGGAUGAGUCUUCCUCAGGCCUCUCUACCAACACCUGGGCUUGUAACUGGGGGGAAAAACCUACAAACCCCAGCAACAAAAAACUAGUCCUCUUAGAAUUUCUUGCGCUUUCUUUAUUUUUUUGUUUGUUUGUUUUUAGGGCUUGUGCCCUGUUUCACUUAUAGGGUCUAGAAUGCUUGUGUUGAGUAAAAGGAGAUGCCCCAAUAUUCAAAGCUGCUAAAUGUUCUCUUUGCCAUAAAGACUCCGUGUAACUGUGUGAACACUUGGGAUUUUUCUCCUCUGUCUUGAGGUCUUAUCUGCUUCAUUUUUGGGUUUCUUUCUGGGAGAAUGAGAGGUGUAUGUAAUGUGUGUUGUCCCCUCCCCCCAGCCUUAGGCAGCUUCUUCACAGUCCCAGUUCAGCCUGGGCUUCUGGAGGACAGCCUGGGGAGGCAGAGAGGGGAGCACCAAGGUGGCCAGAUGAGAUGGUUCCAGGACCACAGUGUCUUUAUUUGUAACUUUGCCACUGAUGCCCCUACCCCUGUCCAGCUCUGGAGUACUAUCUGGCCCAGACUAGGAGUGAGUUGGGGGGAAGAAGCACUGAUUCUCCUCCCUUUGGGGGAGGGGUUUCCUAACUGAGCAGUAGGGAUAGAAGUGUGAGCCUGGAAGUGCUUUUUAUAAAUUAUUUUCCUUGUAGAUUUUAUUUUUAAUUUAUCUCUAUGACCUGCCAGGGAGAGGAGAGAAAAAGAUGCUGUGAGCACAUGACAAAAUAAAAUAAAAUAAAAUGGA